AUGUCACAGCCUAAUUUACUUGAGAUAGUACCUGAACAACUAUUUCAAAAUUAUUUUAUAAGCGAAAUAGAUCAAGUGCAGAAAAAACUACAAUAUGAAAUUGAAAGGAAGAGGGAAGAAUUACGCGCUAUGGUGGGGGAAAGAUACCGAGACCUGAUCCAUGCAGCGGAUACUAUAGAGGAAAUGAAGACAACAACAGAAAGUACUCUAAACCACAUCACUGGUAUGAUGGAGACCUGUAAGAGCCUUCAUGAUACACAUCUUGUUGGGUUUAAAGUUGAUAAAAAGCAGACCCAUACUUCAAGUUUCAUCAAUGUUAACCCAAUGAAUGGUAUAUCAGUACAAGUUAAGAUGCUGAUGGAGAUUCCGGAGAAAAUUUGGAAAUGCAUUGAGGCCGAGGACUUUGUGAAGGCUACAAGAUUGUUUAUAAUGGCUCGGCACAUCAACACUGGGCUCCAACUGCAAAUAGGCGGCAAGAACGUGAAGCCGGGCAUGCAGUCCCUGCAGCGGCUGAUACAAGCACAGUGGAGUUCCGUGGCCAACUUCAACCAGACCAUCAUAGAUGUGUGCAGGCAGAGAUUGCAAGAUGUUGACAUCAGUGUAGAGGUGGCCAGUUCCUGCCUCACAAGCCUGUACAUCCUCGACUCCCAAACCAUGGUGGAGCUCCUAAACACCUUCAUAAGUCUCCACAGCAACAGCAGCUUGAAGUCGACCCUGCAGUUUGAGCUGCAGCACAUUCUAGAAGGAGAUGUUAAAGCACAGAUCAAGGAGAAAAUCGUCAAUGCUGUGAAAAUUGUUCUGAAGACUGUUGUUUUGGUAUACGCUUGUUUUGUUGAAAACAAUGGGGGAGUCGUGCUCACCAAGUUGAAGGAUUUGUUCCGAGUGGAUUCCGAGACUUUGGUUGAAAUAGUGCAGUUUAGUGACCCUUCCGCGCUGAAACUUUUACCCCCUGUUAUCGCCAACUAUAGAUUAUCAUCAAGCAAAGAAGUCCAAGAACUAGCAAAAGACGAAAUAACUACCUGCGUUCAAAAAUGGAGUAUAUGGGUAAAGUCCUUCAUAGAUGAGAGUGUGAAGAGUCUACUGCAAAACGUCACCAGGAUCAAAAUUCUGCACGAGAUACGUGAAGAAGCAUUUAAGAUAGAAAUUCCCGAUAACUGGAGCGCCAUAUGCUCAUCCCUGGACAUCCCAGAGGUCCACGUCUGGUGCCAUUACUUCCAACCACUCCUCACCGCUCGAGUCAAAUUUAUCAUAGAUAACAGAUGGAGUAAAGUCUAUGACGCCUUUAAAACCCAGAUCCUGGUCGAUUUGACUAGAUCUGUGGACAAUGAGGGGGAGAUUGAUAUUAAUUGGUUCGUGUGGAAGGACCUUAUUGGGGAUACGGUUAUAGAGUCGAGGAAUGAAGUUAUAAAGGUCAUGAACUCACUUAUGAGAGGUAUGUCCCUCCAAGAUCGCGGUUUCACGACCAACCUAGAGACACUCUGCCAAGACUUAGACAGCGAGUUACAGAAACUGCUAGAAGAUCUCCGAGUCUAUCUGUAUCGGGACAAGAAGGGGACGAUUCGGGACAAGCUGUUGUUUACAUAUGAGGAUGAGGAGGAACUGGCGCAAAUGUAUAGUGAUAGAGAGGAGAUUGAAGAGUAUUUGAUGGAUACAGCGGAUAGUAGUGUUGAAAGUAUGCUCCAAUACAUAAAAGUGUGCUUCGAAGAGCCAACUCUCCAAUCUACAGAAACCCAAAGAAAAACAACAGCGAUAUACACCGCUCGAUUCAUCCAAGCGAUUCCCAUAAUCAUGCUCAACCUACGCAAGUGCUAUAUUCCUGAAGCAACAUCCCUUACUAUCGACGAAAGUGGAUUGAUAAGAUGGAAUAAUUUGUGCGGUCUUUUGAAGCAGCAUUGUUUAGUGUGUUGGGGGAAAUGGAUAGAUAUAGUGAUGGAGAAAGUGGAAGAGUUGACUAAGGAUCUGCCGCAGGAGUUCACGUUGGAAGCAAACGUUGAUUAUUUGAUGAUGCAAUGGGACGUCAUAAAAAUAGAAGAAAAAGACGACGAAGGUAAAGCGAUUGAGUCCACAAUCAAAGUGCCGGCCGGACCAUCUUUAAAACUACAAGAAUAUCUGUACGCCGUCAGCAGAAUACUCGAUGAAGUCGUACCACAUACUUUACCAGUAGAAAUCCACACAUUAUUUAUAGAGAAAAUCACCACUGUCACUUUCGCACACUAUGAUAAAGUGAUAAGAGAGAAAGAGGCAGAUAUAAAUCAGAGGUGUGCGCUUCAGUUACUGAUGGACGUUCGACAUUUGACCUUAUUGCUUGUGCCGCGAGAGAAUAAGAAGUCUAUGGAUUUUUCUCAUGAAAUUUGCGAGUUUUUAAGGUCGAAAAUAGAUCCUUUCGACUAUGACGUCUUCUAUACGUAUGUGCAGACUAAUUUGAAGAGAUCAGUGCAAAGAGUUCAGACAUUGCUAGGCAGCAUGAUCCUCCAGCACGGGCAGUUGUCGGGUAUCAUCGGGCCGGCGGCCGUGCUGUCGGGCGGCAGCGGCGACCGCGCCGCGGCGCUGCUGGCGGCCGGCGCCGCGCACUGGUUCUCGCUGCUGCCCGUCGCCACGCCGCCCAGCCGGGAGAAACUCGACAAGCCGAUAAAGAAAAAGCCAAUGACGUCAGCGAGCCCCAACAAGCCCAGAGCCGACAACUCGGAGCUGAUGACGUCAUCACUGCCCAUCAACUUCGCCAACGCCCGUUCUGGCGCUGCGUCGUUCUUCAACUCGAUGACUUCCGAUUGGUUCAGCGGAUCUUAACCUCUUGUGUAUGAUAAGGACCCAAUCGAAUUUUUAGCCAUAUUUUGCAAUUUUUUGAGAACGAUUUUCGAUUUUCUGCUCGUUACGGCAAAACCGAGAUUUGAACUUACGAUUUUUGACCACCACAUACAUAUGAAAGGUUAAGUUAUUGUUUGAUAUAGUUUUUAUUUAGUAUUUUAUACAAUCGUGAUAUAAUGCAGAGCUUUUCAGUUGACUACCGUGUUAACACCACGAAGCUUGCUGAGUGGCCUUAGUAGGUACGAGAUUGAAAAGCUUGAUUAUAUCACUAUUGUAUACAAGUAUUUUAAUGUGUUAUCUACAGUGGCGCAUUUGCGGCCUUGGCCGCCCUAGGCCCCAGGCCCAUUAUUAAUUGAUAGCUCUGGGCCCGGGCCUUAAGGCAAAUCCCCCCACUGGUGGCCUACGUAUGUCUCGUAUAAAUGCGACUUUUUUGGAGCUUGUAGGUAAAGGUGCCGCACAAAGUAUAAGCAUUUUGAACUGAGGAAGUUUCUUUCUUUUUCAAUGACAAAAUAAACCGGAGAAGCGCGAGGAGUUCUAAUCAAUUUAAAAACGAAGAAAAAUCUUUAAAAGACGUAAGACUGCGUUUGUAUGGGACUGACUCGUAGAAUACUAAUAAAAUGAAUUUUUAUUUAAUCCCAGUGACUGUUUUGUUUAUUUGUGAAUAAAUUAAGCAAAUUAAUAAAUGUGACCGCGGCCGGCAAAGCGUCCCACUUUGUCACUUGCCAUAAGGACGAGAUUUGCUUGUAUAUUUAUACGAAUAACCUGUUAAGACGUCCUUGCGGCAAGCAUUGUGACGUUUUGCCGGUCGCGUUCAAAUAUAUUUAAAAUGUGAGUAAUAAUAUGUAAUGAUAUAAAAGGAGAUAUGUACUCUAA